AGUCCGCAGACGAGAGUGCGACAGCCGGUGUUGUUGUUGAGCGAGUCUUGGUGCCGAAUAUCGAUCGAAAACAAAGAGUCCAGCUGAGCAGCGCGAGUCCGCAGGGCGUGUCGUGCCGCUGCCCCGAAGCCCUUUUUUAAGAGAAAUGCAGCUGCGACGGUAGGUCAUGGCUGAAGCGUCGUCUCCAGGGCCCGAUGGGGUCCGCGCUGGCAGUGACAGCGGCGUCGAACUGGCGCUGACCACUGUCGACGGUGGAUACACCAGCGGGUUGGAGUCGCUGGCUUGCGGGGGUGGCACCUCGUGCGAAUCAAGCCUGCAGAGUUUUUCUGGCGACCUCACCCUGCACAACCUUGAACUUGGCAAGGCCAGCCCUUCAAGCAGCUUGUCACCGAGUUUGCCAAGCCCUGGCUGCCAAUCUUUGAGCUUGUCGCUCAGCGCUCCCAAACUUAUGACCAGCUCACUCAAAUUACCUUCCAAACGCUCAGAGUCAAAGACUUCCAGCUGCAAAAGUUUGAACACCCGUCGCUCAGAGCCACGCAGUCUUUCCCAAAGCCGAAUGCCCACUUUGGACGAUGGCCGUUGGCCGUCGGUGAACAGCAGGGCGGCCAAAAAGUCGGCAGGCGCACCUUCCAAUACUGAGCGCCGUUCUCAGGCGCGUCAGGAACGCGUCCACACAACUCAGCAGCAGCAACAACAACAACAGCAACAAUCUACGCUGGACAAGUACGCCACUCUUCCGCGAAAAGCGCGCCAUGUGAAGGUGACAGCGCCAGUCGAAAGUGGGCCCAGGUCUCUCAUCGGCCUUAGCACCGUCAGUAGGGAGCCCAGCCUCAACAGAGCAGCCAGUCUUCGCAGGCAAAGGAAUGCCCCCAACCACAGCGCAAGCAGCGGCUACAGAUCUGACGCUGAAGACGUCUCUGGGUCUUCGGUGCGCUCAAAGAGUUUGACCAGGUGUCUGCCUUCCUACCCAGGCAGACGCAAGAGACCGACCACUUUGAAGGACGUAGGCGCCCAGACGGUCCGGACAGACCCCAGGUCGCCAGAGGAUAUGGAAGCGCAGCUGUUAGAAUUGACGGCAGAGCACGACAAGCUCUCCAGAGAGGUGGACAUCAGUAUUAAAAGUCUGCUGAAAGAAAAAGAGGCCCGGCAAAAAUUGCAAGACGACGUGGAGACGGCCAACAAAAGAAUGCUGCAGAUGCUUGGCCGAGAUGCGACUGAAGCGGCUUCACAAACGAAUCUGCUGGCAGAGAUUGAGACCCGGCUGACGGCCACGGCCGAGGUUGCUGCCAAGAACCACAAAGAGCUCUCAAAAGCACAAAAAGCCCAUAGGACCCUGACUGAGGAGGUGGAAAAGGCAAAAGAAGCUGCUUCUAUGUCGAACCAGCAGUAUUUGGACCUUCAGGAAGAGUCCAAUGAACUUAUAGAUUUCUUAACUGCUGAAAAAACUACAUUGGCCGAGUCGCUGAAGGAGGCUGAGGACAAAAUUGUGAAUUUGAUUGCACAAAUUGAAACUAAGGAUAAAGACAUUGAAAGGCAAAAAGAUGAAUGCAGGCAUUUAGUAAAGCUCAGUGAACAGAGGAGGCAAGAGAUCCAAGCCCUUCAAGCAAAACUUCAGUCCACUGAGCGUCUUUUGGUGUCUCAAGGAGGUACCACGACUGCUGCAUCAGUAGCCCUGGACGAGCUCUGUUCCAGGCUCGAGUCUCUCUUGCCUUUCUCCGAGUUGAAGGAACAACACAGCCACUCUCCGUCGCCAGCUAUUGAAGCUAAUUCUUCCUCCGAUGACAAAGACAAGCAAAGACCUCUUGUAGGCAGUGAAUCGCUGCAAGACCUGACCAAGGCCAUAAUUUCGUGCCAAUCGAGCCUCGAGCCGUCCGCUGAACCUGAGGAGCCAACGGCACACAGCCCUACGCUGACUGACCAGGCGUCCGAGCUUGACAAACUUGUGUCCAAGGUUUCUUUUGCUUUCCAAAAUAUAAUCAAACAGCGGGAGCAAAGUGCUAAAGAGGCAAAUGAUUUAAAGUUGAAGCUCGAGUCUGAAAAGAAAGCGUUGAUCGAGGCAAAUCUGCAGCUUGAAGAAAAACAGCAUAAAAUGCAGCAGCUUGAGGCAGCCCAGCGGUUGGCUCAUAAAACUAGUACUGAUGAGAUAUCGACACUGAAGGCAAUUUUGAAUGAAAAGGAAAAUCAAAUUUCUUUGAAGUCCUGCAAAGAAAACAGCAAUUUGCUUGCUAACUGGAAAGUAGCUGCUGAAGAACUCAAUCGACAGUAUUUGGUCAUUGACAAAGCACUAGAUGUGCUGCACAAAGAGCAGGAUUUUGUUAACAAGAAUCCAGAGCUGGCAAAGCUGCAGGCUGAGUUGGAGGAGACCAACUUCCGUUGCGUUACACUUCCAGCAUUGGUGCCCGAAGAGUUGGUAACCAAUGGUGGAAGCAAACGGCAUGAUGCCAAAAUCUCGCCAUCUGUCCACGUGCCCGAGACUGUCAACGGAACUGCAUAGAUUUUAAGCUUCACUCUCAAUCUCUUUCGAGAAAGUAGACCCUGUACCACUAGAUGUACUAUGUGUAGGAUUAAGUUUAAAAAAACAUCGAGCUUGGAUAACCACGUGCAGUGGCACAAAAAGUUUUAAAUCUGCUAUCAAUUUUUAUUUUCUGAUCAAUUUCAGUUUUAUUUAUUAGGAAUUAACUUUUUUGAUUCCCACCCCAAUCAAAGUAAAUUUUAAGCUCAUUAGAAAUGUGAUCAGAAAUUUUCGUGUCGAUGUUGGGGAGCCAACGAUAUACUUUUAGAUGUAAAGAGUGUAUGCUUUUUGUGCUUAGUAAGCUGAAUGAAUCACAAUUUUAUUCCUCAAUACUACCAAUAAAAUUAAAGGAUAAAAAUACUUUAUAG